AUGAUAAAUAAGUUGCGUUCAACAAUCAGAGGGCCAUAUACUUUAGUUGGAAGAAUUCCACCUUCCUUGGGAAAUCUUUCAUCGUUGGAGACUCUGUCACUUGCAUACAAUCAUCUUGAAGGAAAUAUACCUCAUGUUUUGGGAGUGAAUAGUUUUAGAGGACAAAUUCCUCUUACUUUGAGAAUUGGCUUGAACAAGUUUCAGCAACUUAUAAUGGACUAUAACAAUCUUGGGAGUGGACAAAAUUCUCUUCAGGGAUCAAUUCCAGAUUCAGUUGGAAAGCUUGAAAAUCUAGCAAGAUUGAACUUGCAACAGAACAAGUUAUCUAGUAACAUUCCUAGUGUUAUUGGCAAUCUUAUUAUGUUAUCUGAAGUUUAUCGUGGCAUCAAUAAGUUAGAAGGAAGCCUUCCAUUUACCCUUAGAUACUGCACCAUGAUGCAGAAAUUUGUUGUAGACACAAGCUACUUAAGUGGUAAUAUACCCAAUAAUACAUUUGGGUAUCAAAAAGGUUUAAUAACUCUUGAUUUAUCCAUCAAUGUCUUGACCGGUUUCGUUCCUUUAGAUUUUGGUAACUUGAAACAACUUUCCAUAUUGUAUCUACAUACAAAUAAUUUGUUUGGUGAAGUUUCCCUGGAACUUAGUGCUUGUUAUGCUUUAACAGACUUUUGGCUAACGAGAAACUUCUUUCAUGGAAGUAUACUUUCGUUCUUGGGUUCUCUAAGAAAUCUAGAAAUUUUAGACUUUUCAAUCAACAACUUCUCAAAUACAAUAGGAGGUCCAUUAUUUGAACUUGAGAAUCUGACUUUUCUAAAUUAUUUGAACUUUUGUUUUAACCAUCUUUAUGGUGAGGUCCCAAUAGGAGGAAUCUUCAGAAACAUCACGGAAAUUUCACUCAUUGGAAACGAAGAUUUCUGUGGUGGGAUACCUCAGUUGAAUCUCCCUCCAAGUUCUGAGUUGCUUUCACAUAAACAUAAGAGUUCCUUUAAAGUUACCGUGAUCAUUGUAAUUAGUGGGGUUUCGGCAUCUUUUGUGGUUUUCAUCUGCAUUUGUUAUUUGAGGAAAAAGCCCAAAAUAUUAUUUUCUUCACCAUCACUGGAACAUAGGUACUUGAAGGUUUCUUAUGGAGAGCUACAUCAAGCAACCGACGGAUUUUCUACAUCAAAUCUAGUUGACACCAGAAGCUUUGGUUCUGUAUAUAAAGGAACACUACUUGUCCAAUUUGAAAGACGUAUUGCUGUGAAGGUGUUGAAUCUUCAACCUCUACUGUUGAACGGGACUUAUUUAUCGUCGAAUUGA